UUAAGUGAUCCGUAGUGUGGACCGGUAUACCGACAUGAUACGUCGGUAUACGGAUGGUUCAUCCAAUGGUUCCGGCCGCCUGCUUUACUGCCCUGCCCACCAUGUAACAACAAAACUGGUUCCAUGCGAUUAAUGCUAGUCGGGGAGUUUCCGGGUCGUUUUCAUUACUAUUAUUGCAUUCUGAAUUUGCAACAAAAUUUUAAAAGUCGCGUCAGGUAACGCUGCCCUAGACGCCAGGAUUCGACGUGAGCGACUACACCACGAUUUAAAGAGAGACUUGGAAUGCCCCCCAAAGGGCGGAAGAGGAAGGCAGGGGCACCUCGGGCAAAGGCGACAGUAUCCAGUGGAGUGGAAACAAAUGGUGCUGAGAAGUCACCCAAGAGACUGAAGAAGAAUGAAAAGCUGGGCAUUCAUGUGGUCAUUGAGCAUUGUAAAAGCUGACGAGUCUACGGGCGCAGUGCUGACGCGGUCAGCCAGGCACUGCACCACGCCUUUCCUGACAUCAUGGUGGUGGUCAACCCUGAGAAACCCCGCAGGAACAGCUUUGAGGUGGUGCUGUUGAAAGAAGAUGGCGCCAAGGUGGAGUUAUGGAGCGGCCUCAAGAAAGGGCCACCGCGCAAGCUCAAGUUCCCAGAACCAAACAAGAUGGUUGAAAUGCUGAAGGACAACUUGGAAUAAAGCCAACAACUGAGCAAGAUUACCUACAGCACAGCUGAUGAACCAUUCAUCCCGUGUGAGAGUUGGAGCGUCCAUGAUGGGAUAUGACUAAGUGGGGUAAAUAAUGAAACUCCAGUCACAUCUCUGAAGCUGCUGCCCCUUCUCCACAAAAGGAAAAAUGGACCAGAUAUUUGUUGCCUGACCACCUUUUUAAAGUCUCAUUGCUUUGUUAAUCAUUUGGGGGCAGGCCUUGUUUUUCAAUAAAGCUUGAACUUCUAGAAUACUUUAAA